AUGAGCGACCCGGGUGACACUCCGCCGGCGUCGGCUGCCUCUCUUUAUCUCACUCUCGGGCCUGUUGCUUUGACUGCCGGCGUCUAUUUCACCAUCUUCCUGAUUCUGCGAAAGAGCCAGAGGCGAUUCUAUGCUCCUCGAACCUAUCUAGGAAGUCUUCGUACGAGCGAACGAUCACCAGCUCUCUCCAAUGGGUGGUUUAAUUGGAUUGGCGAAUUUUGGAAGAUUCCUGAUAUCCAUGCACUACAGCAUCAAUCCUUAGAUGCUUAUCUCUUUCUCCGAUUCUUGCGCAUUCUGGUCACCAUCUGCUUCGCGGGAUGCUGUAUACUAUGGCCGGUGCUCUUCCCUGUGAACGCUACCGGAAGCAACGAGAAGGCUUUGCAGGUAGAUAUGCUCUCUUACGCUCGCGUUGACAAGGACACGCAGUCGAGCCGCUACUAUGCUCACACCUUUAUGGCCUGGAUCUUUUAUGGGUUUGUCAUGUACAUGAUCCUACGCGAAUCCAUAUUCUACGUCAACUUGCGACAGGCAUUUUUGCUUUCGCCUUUCUAUGCCAACCGCAUCUCAUCGCGAACUGUACUCUUUGUUUCUGUCCCCGACAGAUAUCUGGAUGAGGCUAGAUUACGCAAAAUCUUCGGUGACUCAGUCAAACAUGUGUGGAUCACGGGCGAUACGGAGAAGCUGGACGAUCUUGUUAAGGAACGCGACAAGGUCGCUAUGAAACUGGAGAAGGCGGAGGUAAAGCUGAUAAAGCUUGCCAAUGCCCAACGCAUCAAGUCGGCUAAAAAGGGUGGUUCUAACAACGAGAGAGUCGAAGCACCUCUGGACGCGGAGUCGGGUAGCUUAGCUGCCCGCUGGGUUCCCGAGAAGAAACGGCCCACCCACCGACUUGGACUCCUUGGUCUCGUAGGCAAGAAGGUCGACACUAUUAACUGGUGCCGGACUGAGCUGGGACGCAUCAUCCCUACUGUUGAGGCUGCGCAGGGAGAAUACCGUACUGGAAAAUGCAAAAAGAUACCCAGUGUCUUCGUCGAGUUCUACCGCCAGGCAGACGCCGAAUCAGCCUUCCAAAUUUUGUCACAUCACCAGGCCUUGCAGAUGACGCCCAAAUAUAUCGGUAUCACGCCUGGCGAAAUUGUCUGGAGUGCACUUAAGGUUUCAUGGUGGCAGAGGAUUGUCCGAAGAUUCGCAGUACUUGGCUUCAUCACUGCACUCAUCAUCUUCUGGGCGAUUCCGGUUGCCGUAGUCGGUGCCAUUUCGAAUAUCACAUAUCUUGCUAACCAGGUUUUCUUCCUUAAAUGGCUCCUGUCGAUCCCUGAUGUUGUUCUGGGAUUCAUUCAGGGGCUACUGCCCAGUGUCGCCUUAUCUAUUCUCAUGUCACUUGUACCUGUAAUCAUGAGAUUAUGUGCCAAGCUUUCAGGAGAGCCUUCCUUAUCGCGAGUCGAGUUAUUCACUCAGAAUGCGUACUUCUUUUUCCAGCUUAUUCAAGGUUUCUUGGUAGUAACAAUCGCGUCAUCAGCAACAGCUGUCGCAUCACAAAUAUCCCAAAACCCUGGUUCAAUUACAAGCGUUCUAGCGGAGAACCUUCCCAAAGCCUCCAAUUUUUACAUUUCGUACUUCAUCGUACAGGGUCUAGGUGUCGCUGCAAGCGUACUCUCUCAGGUUGCCGGGUUCGUAAUUUUCACGAUCAUGUAUAAAUUCCUAGCAGGAACGCCACGUGCUCUCUAUAACAAAUGGGCAAACCUCAGCGCCAUAUCUUGGGGUAGCGUCUUGCCGGUAUAUACCAAUAUCGCUGUGAUUAGUAUUACGUACGCUGCUAUCGCCCCACUGGUGCUUGGUUUUGCUACCGUCGGUCUCUCACUAUUCUACCUCGCAUGGCGUUACAAUGUUUUCUUUGUUACGGACACCAGCGUCGACACUCGGGGCUUAAUAUAUCCUCGAGCAUUGAAGCAGCUCUUCUCUGGCAUCUAUAUUGCUGAGUUGUGUAUGAUCGGAAUUUUUGCUACCUCAGUGGCCAUCGGUCCCUUGAUUCUCAUGGUGGCAUUCCUCAUUUUCACUAUUCUAUUCCACGUAACUAUCAACAGCGCCAUCGACCCUCUACUUUACAAUCUCCCUCGGACUCUUGGGGUUGAAGAGGAAUCAAAGUCUCUGCAUGUAGAGAGUUCUACUCGACACGCUAGCUAUUCUACUGCCCAGGACGGCGAAAAGGACGGUAUCUCGGAUGCCAAGAAGAUAUCCUCUGAUGAUACUGCCGUUGCGGGGAAGAAGCCAGGGUUCUUAUCCAAGUUCCUGAAGCCGUGGCAGUAUUGUGAUUAUGAAACAAUGCGCAAGCUUGUGCCUCACGACCAGGUAGACAUGAACAACCUAUAUACAGACGAGGUUGAACGUGACGCCUACUUCCCACCUUCGGUCAGCAGUGCAACUCCACUACUUUGGAUCCCCGAGGACUCAAUGGGCAUCUCGAAGCAAGAGAUCCGGGAUACUAGCAAGGUGAUCCCAAUCACAGAUGAAGGAUGUAUACUAAGCGACAAGAACAAACUAGAAUGGGAUACGGAGACCGUGCGACCACCUGUUUGGGAAGAAAAGAUCUAUUACUAA